AUGGACAUAAACUGUGUGCAGUCCAUCAAGCUGGCCAGGGUCACUUUUGUGCUGGGCAGGACCAGCUCACAGGGACAGUGCAUGCAGGUAUGUGUGGAGUUCAUGGAUGACAUGAACCACUCCAUCAUCUUCAAUGUGAAAGGCCCUGUGUGCAAGGACGACAUGCUCACCCUAUUGGAGUCAGAGCGAUAG